AUGUCCGGGAGUAUAGGCGGGAAACGUCGUAAAACAAGCAUUCAUUCGAGCUUCAAUUCAUCACAAAAUCAGAACAUUCGCCGAUCCGACAGUAUCGUACGAAAUAAACUACGAAGAGCUGAAAGGAACGUGCAGUACAUCGCCGAAACUCUUACUGAACGACGUCAGGCAGAGGAGAACGAAGCCGACUGGCAAUUCAUCUCCUUGGUCAUUGACAGGAUCUUGCUCGUUAUUUUCGCCUUCUUCAUUACCGCUGGCACACUGAUCACCUUUCUUUCGGCACCAUCCAUCACCGACACACGGCAGCCAAUUACCACCAAGUCAUAA